AAUUAAUGGAAUAGUUGAGCCGUGGAGUGGUAUUUCCCUCAGCCGUAGCUGAACACGGAAGACACAAACACAACAGAACUGAACUUCUACCCGCCAUGACGAAACCACCACCCAUUGGGUUGCGCUUCCUCCAACCACCAUCGCUUUCCCCUUUUCCCAUAUCCUUCAAUUUCCCAACGACUCAGCUUCCCAGAAUCUACUGCAAUUACUCCUCUUUUGAAGUUAGAGAUGUUAGCUAUCAACCACCAGGGACUCAGCUUAGGCUUCUAAAUUCAGUUAGUUUUUCACUUCCAGAGAAAAGUUUAGGUCUAAUUUUCGGACAGAGUGGUAGCGGAAAAACAACUCUCUUGCAGCUUCUUGCAGGAAUAAGCAAACCAACCUCUGGAUCUAUUUGCAUCCAGAAGUACGGCAAUGAUGGAAAUCCUAGCGAACCUCCAGAGCCCUUGGUGCCGGAAAGGGUUGGUAUUGUCUUCCAAUUUCCUGAGAGGUAUUUUGUGGCUGAUAAUGUGCUUGAUGAAGUCACUUUUGGGUGGCCAAGGCAAAAGGGUAACCAUUACCUGAGGGAGAAUCUUGCUCUAGGGCUACAGAGGGCAAUUAACUGGGUUGGGUUAAGUGGGAUAUCAUUGGAUAAAAAUCCUCACUCCCUCAGUGGUGGUUACAAACGUCGUCUUGCCUUGGCAAUACAAUUAGUGCAAACCCCUGAUCUAUUGAUAUUGGAUGAACCACUUGCUGGACUUGAUUGGAAAGCACGUGCAGAUGUUGUGAAGCUCCUGAAGUAUCUGAAAAAGGAAUUAACUGUGCUAGUUGUUAGCCAUGAUUUGAGAGAGUUUGCAAGUCUAGUUGACCGAUCAUGGAGAAUGGAAAUGGGCGGCAACCUUAGAGAGGAAUUUCUGCAAUUAUGAUUUAUGUUCAUUGCCUUGUUAAUCAGCAUUAGAUGCUAUGAGAUGUUGGACGCUCUUUUGGUGAAUGCUAUUGUUGGAAAGAUGUUUAAUUCAAAAAGAGGAGGGAUCCACUUAUUCCUAGAAUAAAUUUACCUAAACUUCAUUCAGUAACUCAUGUUAUAUAUCAAAUUUUAACAAUUUAAUCGUUGAAUUAAAAAAUUUUAAUGCAUAGAUUAAGUUUACAUAUUUAAAAAAAAAUAUGUAAAACAUGAGUUAUUGAAUAGAAUAAGUCUAAGUAGACUUACUCUUUUAGUAAGUGGAUCACUCCUAAAAUGGUUCAUACUUUCUGCUCUUUGUUUGUGCAGAGUGCAAACCUUAUUUCUUUAAGUAUUAGCUGUAAACUGAUGUAGUUUUUCCAUGUUUAACUUAUGAAGUCCGUAGUCCCGGUGUAUUGAAUUGUCUGACACUGUUAUGUGAACCUUGAGAACUUACUAAGACACAUCUAAUGUUAGAAAUAGAAUGGACUUCAUUAUUUGCAAGACUAAGGUGCAAAGUUUCUGGAUGUACUUAAAGCAUUAAAAAAACCUUUGUGAUGGAUGUGCCUGAAAAGCUUUUUGCUAAUAUACUGAUGUGACUACCACUACUAUCACUAUCAUCAUCGUCAUUAUUAUUAUUAUUAUUAUUAUUAUCAUUAUUAUUACUACUACGUGCAUAUAUAGAUAGGAGGUGCAAGUACCUGGAUAAAGAAAGGAGGGCAGGGGAGGAGGGGGAAGUGUAAAUGGUCAAGAUCAAACUUCAAUCAUUAUCGCAUGACCAAUGCCAACCGAGUUAAAAGCUCUUCGACUAAUUAUGUUAAUUUUGGAUUGUUAUAAAUUUUGUUUGUGAUGUCUAACUGGUAAUUGUAGAUAUAACUCUUCUACCUUUCUAGUUCCUCACACAUCCACAGAAGCACUUUGUUGACUGAUUAAAAAUGGCGUUUAGUCUUCUUGGUAAGGAAAAAUAGCGUUUGUGUUUGCCAUGUGAUUUUAAGAGAUCAUGGAUUUAGUCCUCCUCCCAUUGCACUUUUACAUUUGGGAACAUUGUCAUAGAAGGGAUGUUAACCCCUUACCCGGCACGUUGUUUGAUAUGACUCGACGACUAGCAUCUUU